AAUACAGUAAUACACAACUGAUUAAUUUAUUAUUCAAUCAUAUCAAAUAAUUACUAUUGAUUUUGUAGUUUUGUUUAUUAUUAAUUCAUUGAAAGUUAUUCAAGUGUUAAUUUAACUGACUAACAUUUUUGGUUAAUUAUAAGAUUAAUUAUGGAAAUCUCUAGACGCUUUUUUGACAUACUCAAGUCCAUUAAUUACCAUGUUGGACACUUACCCAAAGAAUUAUUUGCAAAUGAAGCACAGCUUCCUGAGUUAUUACCUAUUUUCACGAUUUUAAUCAAUAGUGUCACAGUACAGUCAAAUUGUUUGACACCCAAGGAAUUAGCACUAUACACUUCUAUAUCUUCAAAGCAUGAUCAUUUCUCUUCUAUAGAAAAAGUAUUAAAAGCCAUUGAUAAAUUUUAUGAUGAAACUACUAAAGAUGCAGUAGUAUGUUCUUCUGAUCUUGAAACUUUAGAAAAAAAAAUUUUUAAAUCUCAACAAGAAUUAAAUGAUUUAAAAGCACAUGGAAUGUUGUAUGAAAAAAAGAUACAUUUAAUGGAUGAUGAAAUUUCUUUACUUAAACAAAAAGAGGAUAUUAUCAGCUUAUCUUGUUUUAAAACAGAAAAUAAUUUGGAUGCAGUUAUGAAAAAAUUUACUGAAGAAGUUGAUACACUUGGUUCUAAUGUUAAUAAGCUUCAUAAUCAUGUUACAAACAGUAUGACAAAUGAUUAUGAGUGCUUAACAAAAUUAGCAUCAAAUAACUUGAUUAAUUUGACUGAUUUAUGGCGCCAACAGAUUUUUGAAAUGAUAGAUAUAUGGUUUAAAGAGGAAAAUAUUUCUUCUUUAAUAAAUGAUAAGUUUUCUACUAAAAUUCAAACUCUAAGUCAACUCUCACAAAGUUGUACAGCUUUAAGGAUGGCUGGAAUGAACAAAAAAUGUGAGAUAUCAAAAUUAAAUAUGGCAGUGAAUAAUAUACUCAAUAUUAAGAAUUAUUUUAACGAGGAUAAGGAGAAUCUAAAUUCGAACAAUCAAGAUAUAAUAAAUUACAUUGACAAGCAUAUAAAAGAUCCAGAAGUACUCAUGGACAUUAAUCAACAGUCACAAUUUACUGAAUAUGACAAUAUACAAUCUCGUAUAUCAGAAACAGUGAUCGCGGACGCAACACAAAAACUUUCAGAAUUAGAAAAAAUUAAUGGUCGUUUAACGUUUGUACAAGAUUCCAUUGAACAUUACAUCAUGAUAUGUGAUGUGUUAUGGUGCCUGAUGAGAACAGGCUGUUCUAUGGCAAAUUUAAAAUGUGACUUAGUAUUACAUUGUAUCAAUGUUCUAGAAAAAACUUUUGAUGACAUUACAUUUGCAACUCAAUGGACUUUAAACCACAAUGAUACCGAAGUACCAAAAAAGCACGACAACUAUAUAUCUAUGGACAGUGAAUUUGUAAAAUUUGAUGAAUACAAACAUUACUCCAGCAUUUAUACCAACAGUAAUGAAAUUGAAAAAUUAUCAAAAAUGGUACAACAAUGGAAGAGUAAAUAUCAUUAUAGCAGAGAUGAGUGUAACCAGCUUGCCACUUUACAACAAGACUUAAAAAUGUAUAGUGACACAGUUAAUGAUUUAAUUUUUAAAUAUUUAAACACAGUGUAAUGAGAAAAUUUUAUUAUUUUUUAUUUCAUUGGAAAACAAUAUGAUAGGUUAAGUAAAAAUUUGAUAUAGUUUUGUAUUUACUUAAGUAUAAAAUAAGUUGAUAAGUAACAAAUAUUACAUUUUUAUACUAAAACAAUCGUUUUUCAUAUGAAAAUAGACUGUGUACAUUUCCUUCAA